UUUAGUCCGUUAAUCGUCAGCUACUGAAGAGCUGUGUUCUCGAUUUCGAUAGACAUCGCCCCACGCAGAUUAAUUAAUUUCAAGAUACGGGAUAUAAAGAAGAAUAUAGAGAGCUGUGAUAAAAACAGCUCUCUUUACGUUAGGGUUAUAACCGUUGUUACUUUGUCCACCAACACGAUUCGCCUACAAGAGCUGCCUUCAUUAUCAACUCCUUUUGACCACUAGAAAAAAGGAGUGAAAACCGCUUGAUUAGAGGAUGACAGCCGAAGAUGACGGUGCUGGACACCGUGAUGGACCCGUGAGCUCCUCCUCGCAGGCUGGACAAGUCGUUCCUGCCAACGGCGAGCUCGAACAACACACAAAUAAUCAGGAAGUGGAACAAAGGCAGGCACCACCACAGACUUAUGCACAAUCAUUUUUUGCUAUUACCAAGUCGCUAAUCAUCAGGGCUGUGAUUAUUUACUUUAUUAGUUCCUUAUUCAGUAGACGAUCUACACCAACUGUGCAAAAUGGAGCUACAACUGUAGCACCAAGUGCUGCAUUCAAUAUUUUUUCUAAUGGAACAGAGUUUGACUUCCAUGUCUACUUGUCAGAAUCUGAAAAUUUUAAAGAUUUCAAUGAUCCCAAUGCAAAAAUCUGGUCUGAAUAUGGGCUGGUUUAUGGAGAUUGGUACAGCGGAGAAAAUGGAGAUGGAAGCAGAUUUAAUACUCAUAAAUUUGUUCCUUCCAAAAGUUUACUGAAUAAUGGAUCUAUUUAUCUUCAUGUAUAUGUUACGCAUAAUGAUAAAUCACCUGAUCCUUAUGCUGGUAAAAAGUAUGGAGGAGAUAUGAUAUCCUACUCUAAAAAAAUGAUAAAUAAAUUUAAGAAAAUCAGGUAUCGAAAGACUCACAAUUUAUUGACUGGAGAAACUGAAGCUACUGAAGAAGAAAAGAAGAAAGCUGCAAUAAUGGACCAAGAAAUUUUAUCUCAUUGGCAUCCAAAUUUAACUGUGAACUUGGUUGUAGACCAAACGAAUUGGGUACAAGGCCAAGUGCCCAUGCCAUUAGAUGAAUAUGUUAAAUUUUUACCCAAUGGAAAAUUCUACAAACCAGUAGUGUAUAUGAACGACUUUUGGAAUAUGCAAAGAGAUUAUUUUCCUUUGAAUGAAACUAUCAAUGAACUGGAAUUACAUUUAACUUACCAACCUUUAUCUUUUAUCAAAUGGGAACUGUAUGCUGCUCAAACUAUGAGAAAUAGAUGGACUUCAUCUUUAUUAGGUGACACUCAAGAAGAUGAUGGAGAUGAUCAAGAUACUUUAAAACAAACUCUUCUCGACACAAAUCCUUACCUACUUGGUGCAACCAUAUUGGUUUCCAUACUUCAUAGUGUAUUUGAAUUCUUGGCAUUUAAAAAUGAUAUUCAGUUUUGGAAUAAUCGUAAAUCUCUAGAAGGUUUAUCUGUUCGCUCUGUUUUCUUCAAUGUUUUUCAAUCGUUAGUCGUGUUACUCUAUGUUCUAGAUAAUGAGACAAAUACAUUAAUCCAAAUAAGCUGUGGAAUAGGUUUACUAAUAGAGAUAUGGAAAAUUAACAAAGUUAUUGACAUCAAGGUGGACCGUUCAACUAAAGUCUUAGGUAUCUUGCCCAAAUUGACUUUUCAUGAUAAAGGCUCAUAUGUGGAGUCGUCAACCAAGGAAUACGAUAGACUUGCAUUCAGGUAUCUAUCGUGGGCACUCUUCCCUCUCUUGGGAGGCUAUGCCAUUUAUUCACUCAUGUAUCUUGAGCACAAAAGUUGGUACUCGUGGGUGCUUAAUAUGUUAUACGGCUUCCUCUUGACUUUUGGUUUCAUCAUGAUGACACCUCAGCUAUUUAUUAAUUACAAAAUGAAAAGCGUUGCUCACCUUCCAUGGCGCAUGCUCUCAUAUAAAUUCUUAAACACUUUCAUUGAUGACAUUUUUGCAUUUGUCAUAAAAAUGCCGACGUUGUAUAGGUUAGGAUGUUUUCGUGAUGAUAUUGUCUUCUUUAUCUUUUUAUACCAACGCUGGAUAUACAAAAUUGACCAUACGAGAGUUAAUGAAUUUGGAUUUAGUGGUGAAAUGGAAGCACAAUUAGAAGAUGAAAAGAAGAAAAAAGCUAUCGAAAAUAGAGACGAUUCCAAAGAGAAUAAGAAAACAAACUAAAUAAUUGAUUGUUAGGUGAUUGUAUGUGUUGCGAAUUAUUGUAUUUUUUAUUUUAUUUCGUUCGGUUUCGUUGGAUCGAUGUUUGUGACAGAUGUUCCCUUGUUGUCACAAUAAGGAGAAUGCCAAGAUUGUUUGUUUAUCAAUUGUUUGGAGAAGCGCUAAAUGUAACGAACAGGCUUGUGUUUGUGUUGUUGCGCUCAUGUUUGGUUGCUAUUCAACCGUCCUCUAUGAACAAUCAUUUGCAAAAACAGAAGAGUCUUUUAACUUUUUGACUCAAACUCCAACCAAUGUUGAUAUUUUGGCACCCUGUCAACCUCGGGACACUGUUGACUUGGCAACACUGAUGCAUUCCUGCAGUUCAUCCGUUUGUCAACAGAUAAGCAGAAAUACACUCUUCUGAUGCCCAUUGUUAUGAGUUACUGGUCAGAAUUUUCAUCAAUGUUUUGGUCAACAGCCAUCUGACAUCAGUUAACAUGUGAGCCCCACCAUUCCAGCCUUAGAUGAAGCCAGAUGAUGGAUAGUCCUACAACUUAUAGAGAAGAAGAUUGAGAGGAUAGAGUCAAUAAAAUUCCGAUCCUGCCAUUGUUCCAAUAAAUUCAUCUGCAAUUGUUAGUUGGAUCACUUCAGGACUCUUCCUUGGAUUUAGAAAUGUAUAGCUGGUUUCCACUUAAGCUAGUUUGGAUGUGAACCUGUUUAUACUAUACAGGAUUCUCUGCUGUAUUUAUAGUGGGGGUGAAUGUGUUCAACUGUAUUUCAAACUUAAACCUACAUAACUUGAUUUCUUCAAACUCACUUAUCCUGCAAUUUACACCGUGACUUUAUCCGGACUGGAUUCCGAAAGAGAAGCUGUAAUCGUGUUCAGUAUGUUUGAACUUAUUGCAUAGAGGGUAAUAGUCAAAGUAUUGAAUUUAUGAUAUUUUGAUUAUAAGCGAAUGGAAAAUUUGUUACAGUUUUCAUGUUGAUGACAUUGUUUGUCUGAAUUACAAUUGUACAUUACAACAACAAAAAUGUUUGAGCGUGCAAAUGUUGUUUCCACAUUCACAUGUAUCCAUAAAUGAAUUGCGUGUGUAGAUAUGAAAAUGUAAGUUUGUGUGUGCGAUUGUAGAGAACUUAGCAAUUGAGAUGUAAUUGUAAAAAUUGAUGUUAUAAAGGAAAAAAUAAUUGGUGUAUAAUAAUAGCUCACGCGAGAUAUAAGAAAUUAUUUGUUAAUCGUGAAAGAAAACAAACCAUGUGCGUAAGUUAAACUUCCUGUUCAUUAGCGUUUAUUUAAUGAUAAAUCGCUUAUCAUCAAGUCGAGUAUAUCUGCCGUCUGCGUUGAUCACAACAUAAGAAAUAUUUAGUCAGAUUCAAUUGUAUUUAAAAAUUAAUUCUCGACAUUUAGUUAGACAAAUUUAUUUUCAAUAUUGUCAAAUGUUGAAUAAUAUCAAUUUUAUAUAAAAGAGAUUUCAAUUUUUAAAAAUAAGAAUCUUUUUUAUCAAUUUCAUUUAUAAAACGAAAUAGCAAUGUACACUUAUGAAUG